UAUAAAUAUUAGGGAGUGGAGGGAGAAGGUGGAGAAAACCAGACGGAGGUUGAGAAAUGUGAAACUCAGAGUAAGACAGCAGAGGAAGGUGAUCCAGAGAAGAUGGAAGCCAACAUGUCCGACCAAACCCAGGCUGGAGACGCUGGCCCAGAGAUCACAGUAACCAAACAAACCGCUAACGUCUCGAGAACAGACAGUCAGGAUGAUGAGAAGAGCUCAGACGUAUCAGAAAAGGAAGAGAAAGUGGUUAAGAGAAGAGGACGUAAAAGAAAGCUCUCAAUAAAAAGCGAUGAUACUAAGGAUGAAAAGAGCGAGCUGCUGUCUGUCGAGGAAAGUGAGAAGGAGAUGGUGGUAGAGUUAAAAGCACCUCGCAGGGGACGGCCACCUAAAAGCACAGAGCAGGAUCCUCAGAAAGAACCUGAGAGAUCGGAGAAGACUCCGGGCCGUAGAGGAAGGCGCCCAGGAGGCGCAGCUAAAGGGGCAAAAGAUGAUAUACAGAAGAAACAUGAGGCAGAGGCCGAGGACAGCUCUGGUCAAACUGAGACACUCGAAGAAGAAGAAGACGGCAAAGAGGGCCCUGAGCAGCAAAGUGGAGCACAGGAAAGCAAUCAGAGUAAAAGUAAAGUGCAGCUGGUUUCUCCUGCUGCAGAGGAACAUAAAGACACUGAGAAGACAGAUUUCCAGGAGAGCAGAGACACACGUCAGACGGGGAUGAAGAGGAAGAGAUCAGAAGAAGCAGAGGAGUCUGGAGAGGUGGUAGGAUUUCUAAUUUAGUCCCUUUUUUU